AUGUGGUCUGCUGAGAAAAGUCUAGAACUAACUGAAUUGCUGCAUUCAUCCCCAACAUUGUGGGAUGUAACAAAUGUGGAUUACAAAAAUAGAAUUAAAAAGAUGGAUGCAUUGACUGAGAUAGCUGAUAAACUAUUUAUAACUGUAAGUGAUACAGAAAAGAAGAUAAAAGCCGUCAAAGUAUAAUUCAGGAGGGAACAUGUGAAUGGAAAUUCCCCCAAGAAGUGCUCAUGGUUUGGUUACGAGCCCCUCCUGAUUUUGCUGCAGGGCCAAGAAUCCAGAGGAAGCCGGUCAACAGACUCACCAGAGAGAGAGGUUGCUGAAGUUGAAUCUGAGCAAGAAACUGAUGCUGUAAUUGAGAGUUCACAUCAAGCUGAAACACCUCAGAGCGCUUUCCCGCCCCGUCGUUCGUCAGCUAAUAGGCCUGCUCACGAAGUGAAAGAAGCAUUUCACUUGAUGAAGUCUCUAGCACAACAUGUCACUACACGGGAUGAAUAUCAUGUGUUCGGUGAAAAUGUUGCCCAUAAACUGAGAGCAUGCGGAAGAAGUAAGCACGAGGUAUCAAUAGCACAGCAUAAAAUUAAUGAAAUAAUUUUCAAAUUGGUAAUGGGGUGCUUUGGGGAGGGAGCGGCUCAGUUCACCCCACAAACUUCAUAUACAGGACAAAGGUAUUCAGGGUUUCCUGUGCCAACAUCGCAAGGCAUCCCACAGUACUUUACCGCCCCAAGUGGUGCCUCUACUCCAAGUUGCUCUCCUUCCCCAAACUCAUUUGUGGCCAUGCCUGUGAUGAGUGUACAGGUUGCUGCAGCAGCGUCUGCAUUUUACUUGGCACUUUUGAUAAAGUCAAGGGAGGACAAGAAAAAGAGAAAGAUAUGGGUGAGGAAUGUUUUUGAAAAAGGACUCUAUGGUGAUUUGCUUUUGGUGUAA